AUGAAAAAGUCUUGUGUCGUUCUAAAAAGAAAAGGUAUGAGAAAAGAUCUUAUUCUAACGCUAGAAGCAAGAUUACGACGAAAAAAACGUUUGGAAGAAAAUAAUCAAUUAUUCAAUCAUACAGAUGCGGUUACAGUAGAUGAUAGAGAUCAUCACUAUCAACAAGAUAACAAUAAUGUUACAACUGUUCAAAAUUUCACCCGUAUCACAACAACAGUAGAUAAAGUAUUAUUUACUAAUGAAGAUCGUCUUCAAAUUCAAUGUAUUCAAACAUCAUAUCUAAUUAGUCAUCAAUCAACUGUUCCACCAUUGAUUCCGUAUCAAAUUAAGGAUAAAAUGGAAGCAUUAACAUACAUAAUGGAUAUACAAAAUUUUACAGCUUUAAAAUUUAUUGAUUAUUUGAAAUUAAUACCAGAAUUUAAACAAUUAGAUGAAAAUGUUCGUUUUAUACUCGUUAAAUAUAAUUUGGUUUACGCAUUUGUUUUAGCAAAAUCAUUGGAUUUGGAUUAUAUCCAUGGAACAUAUUUGGAAUCGUCAAAUGAAUGUAUUCAACAACGUAAAGCAUUACUUACUCUAUGUCACUUUGAAGAAAUUCAUCAAAAUUAUUUGCAACUAAUGUCUGUUCUGAUCAACAUAACGGAAAAUAAUCAAAGUAUUAUACAUUUACUUAUUAUCGUUACGAUAUUUUCAAAAGGUAUAUCGGAAAGUGAUAAUCAACCAGCGUUGUCAAAUUUUGCUCAAGCGUGGUUCAAUGUAAAUAUGUAG